UGUUCGUCACGUGAAUCCUUCCUCGUCCGUUAGACCACUACCCUGAGUACAAGAAAAAGAAUACAAGCCUGAGAAAAUAAUUCGAGCAAUAUUACCCAAACCACAGUGAUUCGCAAUGUUUCCACCCGGACACGAGGAAAGAAAAACAUUUUUAAUUUGUUCAACGGAGUUUUGAGUAAAAAUUGUUGUACUUGGAGUGAAUCCAACUGUCACCCGGAGGAUGCGGGCGUAUCGUUAGCAGGCGGGAAACGGCCUGAGGCUGGAAAAAAUAAGCGACAAAAGAGCGUCAGAAUAAAACUCGGGAAAAACCUAGUGACGAACAAACGAAGCAAAAGGAAAAAGCCAACCGAAUGGAAAAAAAACACAUGCUGGACGGAGAAAAACAUACAGACAGCAUUGGAAAUGAGAAAAAUUUCUCGAUAUGAACCUGCGGUUUCAAUCUCGGAUUACUAGCGAACAACACCGAAAAAAAGCUCGAAAAAACGAUAGCAAACAGCCCGGAACGAACACAACUAGAAUUCUGCGGCUGAAAGCAUUGAAUAGAACGUAACGACACAUCGGGUCUAGAUAUGAAGAGCUCGGCGUAUCUGAAGACGACGCAAAAACUUGGUGGCGAGAAUAGAAUGACAUAAAGAGAAUUGGUGAAGACCCGCAGGCACUUGAGAUUGGCCCCCUAUACCCUUCAGGCACAUCAGUUUGAUAAAAAAAUCGUGAGUGAUAGAACUAACUGAUUGAAGAUUGGCUAAACUUUGAAGCUUGUGAGUUUGCUCGAGCAAUUCCACAGUUUCCACUGCUCUGAGUCUACUACAAGCUUUCAAAACUCCAACUGUAACUUCAGAUUAAUCACACUUCAAUGGUUCCAAAGAAAUUAUCAAAGAGCGUGUGGAGAGGUUACAUUUGCUGUAAUGGAGCACAGGUGUUGAGACAUUGUGGGAAUUGAUGCAGUCAGUCCUGCGGGAAGGAACCAGCCGAGCUUCGUGUAAUCGCUCUACCGUGGAAAGCAGAGAGUAACCUGCAAUCGAUAGCCCGAGUACGGCAUAAUAAAUUCGAUGAGCAGUGUAAUUAGGGGGAAAUUCAUGUGGCUAGUUAAAUGGCAUCUAUUGACCCAGAUAGUAUCUCACCUUAACGAAAAUUCCAAGACAACGAUAACCAUCAUAGCGUGACUAUGUAAAUAACAGAAUGUAUUUGGGGCUGUUGCCCCACCAAGUAGUUAAACAAAAUUCCAGAAGAACCCGAAUUUGGAAAAGAUAUAACACGUUAUUCAAGACCACUUAAAUAAUAAAUUGGGAGAGCGUGAUGCCGUCGCUCGAGGACAUUUACUAUCCAACGGAGUAUCCGUUCAACUCAACUAUUUGGCCCGACAUAUCGACAUCGUAUUACCAUAACGACACAAAUGCGACAGACACCGAUGGCAAUCAGUUUAUUCUACCAUGGUGGCGUCAAAUGAUCUGGACUGUUUUGUUCGUGGGUAUGAUCACCGUUGCAACUGGUGGCAAUCUCAUUGUCAUCUGGAUUGUUUUGGCGCACAAGAGAAUGCGAACUGUUACCAAUUAUUUUCUGGUGAAUCUGAGUAUAGCUGAUGCCAUGGUCUCCACACUCAAUGUUACAUUCAAUUAUUCGUACAUGCUGAAUAGCCAUUGGACAUUUGGCAAUUUAUACUGCAAGAUCAGCCAGUUUAUCGCUGUACUCACCAUCUGCGCAAGUGUUUUCACUCUCAUGGCCAUCUCCAUUGAUCGAUACAUGGCAAUAAUGAAUCCACUGAGGCCACGAAUGGGACGCCGUCUGACGCUCUUCGUUGCUGUAGCAAUUUGGAUUAUUGGCUGUAUUCUCUCGCUCCCCAUGCUCAUAUACUACACAACUUACACGCAAACAUUUUCCAACGGUGAAGUGAGGGUUAUCUGCUACGGAGAGUGGCCCAACAGAACUGAUGAUGGACUCAGCUACGAUGAAUACGUGUACAACGUGAUAUUCAUGAUCCUGACGUAUUUCUUACCAAUUGGCUCGAUGACAUUUACAUACGCCCGAGUAGGCCUUGAGUUGUGGGGCUCGCAGAGCAUCGGUGAGGCGACCCAGCGCCAAUUAGACAACAUCAGGAGCAAACGGAGGGUAGUCAAGAUGAUGAUCGUGGUGGUGGUGAUAUUCGCAGUUUGUUGGCUGCCAUUUCACGUUUACUUUAUCGUAACUUCGUAUCUACCUGAGAUCACGAAUGAGCCGUAUAUACAGGAGGUCUUCCUCGCUAUUUACUGGCUCGCCAUGUCCAAUAGCAUGUACAAUCCAAUAAUCUACUGCUGGAUGAAUUCAAGAUUUCGCCGUGGUUUUGCCCAAUUUUUCUCCUGGUGUCCGUUCGUGAACGUUACCCCAGAGCCGGGCUUAUCACGCUCCGAGGCCGUAACAUCACGCUACAGCUGCACCGGCAGCCCAGACGGUCACAUGAGAAUAGCAAGAAACGGCACGGUGCGGAUACCACUGCACCUGCAAUCGCCUCAUGGAAUGCAACUGGGAAACAAUAACAAUCGUUUCCCAGCUCAUCAUCGUGGUCGAGGUAGAAGAUGGAGGGCUCCACAGCCCAGAGGCCACGUAUCCUGACAAGAAGAGGAUACGCAGCAGCAACAACAGCAGCAGCAACGAGUACACACGUGGAUAUGAAAUGAAUCGUGAAUAAUAAUGUCUCACAACGAUAAAACAGGGCAUGAAGCCCGUUCACGAACUCUUUCAUUACUCUGUUCCUCUUUUUUUUUAAGAGUAGAGGAAUUUUUCCGUUUUUUAAUGGACCAAUAAUCUCAGAUUCAAUCAAAGUCAUUUUCUAUGGUAAUUUGAGGAGAUUAUUAAUGUAAUUGAGGAAAAUCAUACAGGGGUAUAUAUGUAAUGUCUAAUAUGUGUGAAUAUAUAUCCGAAUUGUGAGAGCAAUCGAUGUUAGGGUAAUGUUUCACAUGACGCCUAGGGAUUAAGGUAUUAACGUGCGCCGGUUCGCGAAAUAAACAAAUAAUAAUGGUGCUUGAUUAUUUCUCCUCUUUUAAUGUACAUUGUGUGAAUAUUUGUGUUUCUAAAUAAUGCACGUGUUGAACAUAAAAUUGUUAUUAUUAUUGUUGGAGGGGAAUGAUUGUGUCAUUACUGACUGUGAGAUUAUAACUGAAAGUUGUAAUGGGUUCCGCCGCGGACUGAAAUGAUUUGUUUAUUGGAAGGAUAUUUUAAAAUGUCCAUUGAUAUUACUGAUCUCUUUUUUCUAUGAAACACAAUAUAUCGUUGAAUUGGGUUUUAUUCAAUUGCGGAUAUUUUAAUUGUGGUGUAAUUAAUGUGGGGUUUCAUGUAAUUCCACACUUUCCAUUGCUUCAAUAAAAUAAAGGUUGUAAUAUACAUUUGGGGCGAUAGUAAAAGUCGUGCCAAAUAGAUGAUACCAAAGAACACUCUCCAUCGAACUUGAUAAGAUUUUUCCAAUCCUCUUUCUACGUACUGUGACAUUUUUAUGAUCAACAAAAUGGGGAAAAUAAGAGAAUUCAGUCACUUUUUUUAGCUCUACCCUACCUAUUUUUGGAAUAAGGAAAACUCUAAAUCUAACGGAAAUACUUCUCAAGACACAGAUAGGAUGACAUUAAAACAAUGAUGAUUAUUAAAACUCUGGGAAAACCAAACGCUUUUUAAAUUUAAUACAAUGAAAAUUUUAGUCAUUAGUGCUGAAGCAGUAUGACUAAAAUCUGUAAGAUAUGUGUACAAGCGUGUAUUUUAAAAUUUUACGAAUCAUCGAGGGAAUUGAGAUUAUUGAAAAAAAUUGUGAAUUAAUUAUUAGCAGCUCUAUGUGGAUCGUGGGGCUGAGGUACUGCGAUUCGACUUGACUACGUCAUAAUAAAAUCAAAACAGCGACGGAAAAUAGCCUGAGUAUGCACUAGAGAUAAUUUUUAUUGACAUCUCAAAGAGCCGUAAAUUAGAAAUAAAUUCAACAAAAUGAUGUUUUGGAGAUGAAAAAAAUACGAAAGAGCCAUAGCUCCAUAAUUCUCAAUGCCAUGUGACGUAUUCUCUGCUAUGAUUGUAUCCUGGAUGAUGCAUGUUAAUAAAAGAAGUACCUAAUUUUUUAUUUCACUGAAUAUAAUAAUUUAUUUCUUUGUGAAUACAACGAAUGAAAUCAGUCAAGGUGUCAAGUGGUCAAACGUAACAGAAUCAAAUUGUUUCGGAA